AUGUAUCUUUGGAGUUUCAUCUUACUGGUUGUGGCCUUGGUGGCAGCAACGCCACAAUCUGCUGGGCAAGACAUGUUACAGCCAUUCUUCUACAAGGGUCAUGAUUUGAGUUCCCUAAAAAUGCUUGAAGAAGGCGGAUACGUAUAUAAAGAUACUGCUCGCAACAACCAAACAAGAGCAGCUGAAGAUAUACUUGGAGACGGUGGUAUGAAUAGCGUCCGGCUACGGAUAUGGGUCAAUCCAGUCGGUGGAACGUAUGGGCUGCAAUACAAUCUGGAUCUCGCCAAGCGGUUUCAAGAUAAAGGUUAUAAGAUCUAUCUUGAUUUCCAUUUCUCGGACUCCUGGGCAGAUCCGAACAAGCAACCGCCACCAGCGGCCUGGCCGAAAACCCUGGGCCCACUUGCCUUGACUCUCCGUCAAUAUGUCAAAGAUACACUUGUAUCUUUCCAUGACGCCGGUAUCGACCUAAGUUUAGUCGCCCUCGGGAAUGAGAUCCGUCACGGUAUGCUUUGGCCCUUGGGUUACGCAGACGUAGAUGUUGAGCCAUGGCCUGCGACGGUUGCAAAUUUCUCGAACCUUGCUACACUUUGGAAAGCAGCACGAGCAGGUGUUGACGAUGCAAUCUUUAUGGGGGUUCCCAAACCUGCCGUGCUAAUCCACAUUGAUGAUGGCUGGAACUUGACGCUUCAGCAACGCUGGUUUGGUGCUCUGACAGAGAAUGGGAUUCCGACAACAGCCUGGGACGUAUUCGGGUUCAGCUUUUACCCUUUUUAUGGCACGGCAGCUACUUUUGAUAAUCUCAGAACGACUUUGCAUACUCUUGCUAAGGAGUACGGAAAGCCACUCCAGGUUGUUGAGACGGACUACCCCGCAAUCUGCAAUGGAGAAUUCGAACCCAUUCCGCCAUCCUCUGAGCCGGAAAUUCCGUACAGUAUUGCUGGACAAACGAGCUGGACAGAUGAUGUGAUCAGCAUCGUCCAGCAGGUUCCGUAUGGACUUGGGCAAGGAAUCCAUUAUUGGGAGCCUGCUUGGUUGAACAACACUAGCCUUGGAAGUGACUGCAAUGAUGCCAUCUUGUUUACUGCGGACUACAGUAACUUGACCGAACCAGUUGGGUACUCAAGGAGUUCGGUGGGCAUGUUCAGGGUAAAAUGA